AUGUCUUCUACCACAAAGAAGUGCUCUGGCUGUAAAAACAAUUUGCCAAAAAGGGAACAUAUGGUAUGUGUCUGGUGUAAUCUCGGGUACGAUUUAUUCUGUGCUAAUAUAACACCUAAAUGCUUCUACCUCAUGGAUCAAGAGCGGAAAAAUAAUUGGAGAUGUCAGGAAUGCUCUAGUAAACAACCCAAAUCCGAUAAUACAAAUACACCUGUGCGCACAACAUAUCGUCCCAUGGUAUCUGGCGAUGAUACCAAUGUUGAAGAGGAGAGUAAUAUCACUGUACGGACAAAAAAACAGCGCUCUAAAUCCGAUAGUAACUAUUCCUACAUUAAAGAAGAUUCGUUACGUUCAAUAAUAAAGCAGGAGAUAACUGACACCAUCAAGCAAUUGGUUUCUGAACACCUAGCAAAUAUCGCGUCUCAGGUGACUGGCUUCCACGAAUCUCUAGCAUUCUUUAGUAAACAACAUGACGAAUUUAUGCAAACUGUGAAGGAAAGAAACGAAGUAAUACAGAGUUUAAUUCAGAAAAAUGACAAUCUAUCGUCGCAGGUAAGGAGUUUGACAGAGAGGAUAGAGCAAAUAGAGCAAAACAUGCGUGCUCCUAACGUCGAAAUCAAUGGGAUCCCAGAGCAUAAAUCGGAAAAUCUUCUAAAAACUAUAGAGCAGCUGGGAUUUGCGAUUGAAAACCCCCUCGGUGACAAUGAUGUUUUGCACGUAUCCCGUAUUGCGAAGCUCAACAAGGAGAGCGACCGACCCCGCUCCGUAAUUGUCAAACUACGUAGUCAACGCCGUCGCGAUGAGUUGUUAGCAGCAGUAACAAAAUUUAAUAAAAAGAAUCCUGAUAACAAAUUAAACUCUGAGCAUUUGGGAAUUGGUGGACAUCGAGUGCCUGUAUAUGUUAGCGAACAUUUAACAGCGAAAAAUAAGCACCUACAUGCGGCGGCUCGAAAAAAAGCAAAAGAGACCGGCGCCAAAUUUGUUUAG